AUGUUUUUACGCUAUUUAAACGAACGUGAAAGUCUAAAGAUAUCUGUAAAGUUGGCAACCCUGACAACACCUGAUCAACAGGUGCCAGAUCCGUUAAGUUACCGCUCAAACGAAUCAAACAAAUACCUACAAAAGUCUGCGAUAACACGGGUGUGCGCCGUUGGUGGCUUCUUUAUAUCAAUACCAGUGUUUUUAACAGGCAUAAUACUCUACACGUUCAUCCAGUUCCAUUCAACGCCGGCGAUAGUGACAUCCGUGUUCAUCGGAGUCGGGAUCAUAUUCUGCGGCUGCGCGAUGGUUCACAACGUGUUCGUGUGGCAAAAAGAGAAGACUAAUCUCGUAAAAGCGUUCCGUACUCAGGACUUGAAUACCACGAACGCAACGUCGCCCAAUUUGAGCACGUCUAACGGAGUGUUGCUUGGCAAUGGACAUUUGAACAACACAGGCGGUGGCAACGUGAGCUUUCACAGUAUGUCGGGAGCGCCUUACACUCACCCAAUAACGUUGCUCCAGCAAGGGGGCCCGUACAUAAUUAGGCCACCGACGAGCACGCCGCCAGGAGAGGGCGCCGUGACUCCGGGAGUUCCCCCGGCAACCGUCGACCUUAGCCACGACACACACGAGCUCAGCACGCUUGUGUGA